AUGGAGAAGAACGAGACCAGCACGAAGAGAAAUAGGGCUUUACGACUGACUAUCCGUAUUCAUAAUGAUUUAAUGAUGCCAAAAAGAAAUGAGCAGGGAAAUGACGAAGAAACCUUAGCAUCUUGUGGAGAUCGUUUAACGAAUUUUCAAUUGAUAAGACUUUACAUACAUGAGAAAUUGGACACCUAG